AUGAAGAACUACAAUUCGUAUAGUUCACGAAAUAAAAGUAAACAUGAGGACAUAAAUUAUAAUAAUAGCUAUAACUACUCCAACAACUAUUAUUAUGGAAAUAACAAUUCCAAUUACAAAAAAAAAAUUAAUAAUAAAUAUCGAAAAAGUGCAUAUUCUAAUGACUAUUUAAAGAGCGAAAACAAAUAUAAUAAUAAAAAUAGCAAUUUAAACCAAUAUAAAAAACAAGAUAAUAACAUUAACAAUAAAAAUAUCACUAAAAAUAAUGAUAACAAAUAUGAUAGCUUAAGCUCAAUUGAUAAAAUUAAAGAUAAUAGUAUUUAUGAAGACGUUGACAAAAUAAAUAAUAUUACCUUUGGAUAUAAUGAUAAUUCUGAAGGUGAUUUUUCUUAUAUUAUGAAUAAUAAUUUGAUUGAAAAUGAAAAAAAAUUAUUUAAAUUAAAUAAGAAUAUAGAUAGCAACAAAAAUAUGAACAGUUCAGAAUUUUUAAUGCAACAAGAAUGUGACUUAAUAAAUAAUAACAAUUUAAAUUCUAUAAAAAGAGAAAAUGAAAUGGAUUUAUAUUUAAGGCAAGCUCAUGGAAAUAAUAUUUAUGAGAAAGAAAAUCAUACUAUAAAAGGUGAUAAGUUUAGAAAUAUUUCCAAAAAUUAUAAUAAUGAUAAUAGUAGAGAUAUUGAAAGGAAUAAAAAUAUUAAUAUAUCUUCACCAUAUAAUGAAAAAGAAGACAUUUUUCAGUUUCAUAAUGUAUCUAAUUUAACAAAAUUUAUAAAUAGAAAUAUUUUUUAUUCCAAUGAUAAUGAGGAAUUAAGUGAUGAACAUUCACUUGAUAAUGCUGACCCUUUCAAUUUUAUGCAAAAAGAUGAUAUUAAUAAUAAAAAAAAUAUUGGUGAGCCAGCUAGCCAUUUCAAUAAUUUUAGUAAUAAACUUUUUGGAGACAAUAAAUUUAUUGAAAAAAAUUACAUCAAAAAAAAUAUAUCACAAAAUAAAGAACAAAAUGUAGUAUUUGCACACAAGCAGUUCGAAAGUGAUGAUGAUGAAAAAAUUGAUCGAUUUGAUGAAAAUAAAUAUGAUGAUUAUGAUGAAAAUUAUAAAAAUUUAGACUAUUUUAAUAUUUUAAAAAAAAAAAAUAUUCCAUUUGAUGAAAAUAUUUCUGAUGAUUCACAUAUUUUAAGAAAUAAUAUUCAUAGCGAUUUUUCUCAUAAUAAUAUAAAUAAAUUUAAUGCUAGUAAUAUUAAUGAAUUGAUGGAUUUACAAAAUAGUGAAAAUGAUGAAAAUUUAAAAUUUUUAAAUAAAUUUAGAAAUACCCUUACUAGUCUUAACAAUAUUAACGAUCUUGUAAAUGAUGACAAUGAUCAUAAUCGAAGGAAUCAUGGGGAUACAUCAUAUGUUAUGAAUGACAUGAGCAGUGUAAUGGAUCCUUGUUACCCUGACGACAACAUAAAUAUUCACACGCAUUUAUUAAGAGCAUCCAAUAAAGGAGAUAAAAUGAAUUUCCAAAAUAUGCACCCAUUAAGUAGUAAAAAAAUGAACGAUAACUUUAUGAUAAGUAAUAAUAAAAAAAAUGAUAUCGAUUUAGAGGAUGUAAAAUUUAAUAAAGACAUAUUAAGUAAUGAGCAUAUAUUAAAGGUUGAAGAAUAUUUAAAUAAAAGUAAUAUAGAGAAUGAAAAUUAUUAUUUAAAUCUAAAUGAUAGAUUAAAUAAUUUUAAAGAUGAUUUAUUAUAUUUUCAAGAAAAUAAUAAUGAAAUAAAAAUGAAUUCAUCAACUAGUAGACAAAUUCGUAAUCAAAAUGAUACACAAUUUAAUGGAUCAGCAAAUAAUAUAAAUGUUUUAAAUAUUUUAAAUGAAUAUUAUUUAAGAAAUAACCCAAGCGAUAUUAACAAUAUAAAUAGUAUUAAUAAUAACAGCUUUGAUGAUAAGAUUAGUUCGUUUUUUGAGAUGAAUGAAAAUAUUCGUAAUGAACAAUAUUAUAACAAUGAAGAUAUAAAAAGAAUUAAUCUUAAUGAUAAUGUGAAACAUCAUUAUUUACCUAUUAAUAAUAGAAAUAAUAAUAUGCAUGAUGACCCUAGAAUUCGAUCAAAUUUACAUUCUGAUGAAAUAUAUAGAAAUAGCCAAUCUGGUAAUGAAGAUUUAUAUAAUAUUGAACAAAUGCAUGAAGAAUAUAUGUAUGAAAAUAAGUCAAAUAAAAUGGAUAAUAAUAAUGAUAUAGAUCGAAAUCAUAAAAAUAAAAGAGAAAAUAAUGAAUUACUUGGAAAGAUAAAUUAUAAUAAUCAAAUGAAUAUGGAUAAAAAUUAUUAUAACAAAAAUUAUAUGAACAGCAAUAAUAAUGCUAUUAAAAAAUUAAUUAGAAAUUAUGAAAAAUAUCCAAAUGAUUAUUAUUAUUAUAAUAAUAAUAGUUAUGAAUAUGAUGAGUAUGGAAGAAAUCGAAUGAACACACAACAACAUCAUCAUGGAAUGGCUCGAAAAAAAACAAGUAGAGAAAUAUCCAUGAAAAAUGAUCAUCCUAAUAAUUCCAAUUAUGAUCAUGGUAUGGGAUAUAACAAUAACAGAGGGCAUAGACAUUUCAAAAAUUCAAUAGGUAGUAUCGAAUAUCAUAAUCAACAAAAUAAUGAAAAAUAUAUUAUGAAUAUGGAAAGUUGUAUUAACAAAUUAAAGAAACAAAAUAUGCUUAAAUUUACAUUAUUUUUAAGAGAUUAUUAUAAAGAUAUAAAUAUAACUGAUUUAAAUGAAAACUUGUAUAACUAUUAUCGAUUUAUAAAUCAAAUAAAUGGAAAUAUUAAACAUGUAAAUUAUAGAGUAAGGUAUAAAAAUUUAAUGCAAAAAAGUGAUAAAGAUAAAUUAUUAAGAAUACAAUUAUCUUACAUGAUAAUAAAUCCUUCAAUUCAAAAAAAUAGUGGGAAAUGGAAUUUUAAAAAUGAUGAAAAAGGGAAAGAAAAAGAUAAAGGAAUAGAAAAUAAUGAUAACAACAAUGCAAAUAAUAAAUUGAAACAAAUUGAUAAAAUGGAAAAUAGUGAUUAUCAAAUUUUCGACGAUUUAAAUAAAAAUUAUAAUUUUACUGAACUUUUGAAAAAUGAUAAUAUUACUCCAGAAGAUAUUGCCAAUCAAUUUUUAGAAAAUAAUCUGAAUAAUUUAAAAAAUAACUUGUCAACUUUUGAAAAUAUGCAAAAGAAAAAAUAUAUGGAUAAUGAUACCCAAUUAGAAACAGAUAAUAAAAAUGUCAUGGAUAAAAAUUUGUAUAACUUACUUAAUUAUUCGAUAAUUUCUGAUAAUAAAAGAAAAGAAAAAGAAAUGGAUGAACAAAAUGAUAAAAAUGGGGAUGGCAAGACUAAAUUGGAAAACAUAUUAGAUAAGACAUUAUGUCUUAAAAGUAUGGAUAAAUUAGAUGGAGAUCAAGAAGAAGGUUUAAAUGAUAAUACAAAAGGAGAUGAACAAGAUAUAAAGAAAUAUGAUAAUAUUAAAAAAUUAGGUCGAUAUGUUUUUGCAACUGUACAUGAACCUAGAAAUUUAAUAACAUUAAUUAAAAAUAAACAAGUUGAAAAUUAUGAUGAAAUAGUAACAAAAAUUAAAAAUAUAAUAAAAAAUGCAGUAGAUUCUAUUACUGAUGAUUGUGCAAUUACUUCUAAUAGUAAUAAUGAUAUGAUAAAAUGUGAGAAAAAUGGAAUUAAAUAUUCAGAAAAUAUAUCAUUAACAUCUGUUGAUAAUUUUACAAAAAAUACAUUAAUAAAAAAAAUGCUUGAAGUAUUAUGGGAUAUAUAUAUAGAUAUAAAAAAUUUAUAUAAAGACAUUGAUAAAUGUCCAUAUACUCAUAUUGAAACAAUAUCUAAAUAUAAUGAAGAUGUAAAAAAAAAAAAAAAUACUCUUUUUAAUAUAAUUUAUUUAAAUGAAUUUAAAUAUGAUAAUGUAGAGACAGUAAAUUAUUUUGUUGAAUGUAAUAAUAUAUUUUUAAAUAAAAGUAUAAAUAAUAUAGAUAUUAUUUUAAAUAAACAAUUAUAUUUAUAUUUAACAAAUAUAUUAUAUACUACUGUUGAAAAAGUUUAUUUUUAUGUUUCAAUCUAUCCCGAUGUUGAAAAUUUAAUUAAAAAUUUAAAAUUUGACAAAGACCUUUUACCAAAUUAUGUUGUUGAUGUUAUAAAUGGCUCGAAAGAAAAUGGAACAGAUAAUAGUAGCAAUAAUAAAAUAGCUCAAAAUGAAAAACAAAAAUUGAAUAAAAAUAAAACAAGCACAAAUUUAAAUGAAGGAAUAAAUGGAAAUAAUAUAAAAAACAUUUUUAGUUACAAAUUUGGAUAUGAAAAUAAUAUAGCAAAAAUGAGUGAUUUUAAAUUAUUUGGAAAAACUAUAAAAUUUUGUGAUACAUAUGAAUAUUAUAACUUUGAAAAUUAUAAUGAAUAUGACACAUUUUCUAACGCAAUAAAUGAAAAAAAGAAAUCAAAAAAAAGUUCAUUUUUUUUCAAAGAAAAAGGAAAUAAAAAAAGUAUAAAUACAAAAAAUGAGGAAAAAGUCAAUUGUGUACAUAAAGAAAUACAAAAAGAAGAAAUUGAUAAUGACAAAAUAAAUACAGAAGUUUGUAAAAUUAAAAGUGUAUACUACCUAUUUGUUAAUAGUAUGUUAAAAAAUAAAGGAGCAUCAAUUUAUACAAAAAUAUUUAAAAUUAUAAAAAAAAAGAAAAAGAAAACUUUAAUAUAUACAUUAUUUAAUAAUUACUUAUUGUUAUAUUAUAUAUUAGCACAUGCUGAUAUAUGUUUUAAUAGUAAAAUUGAAUAUGAGGAAUUUCUAAAAGUACAAAUAUUACAUGUUAAUCCAAAUGUAAAUACUUUGGAUAAAUAUCUAAAAAAUGAAAAAAAACAAAAUAAAUCUUACAUAAAAAAUAAUAAUAUAACAGAAAAAAAUGGGAAAAUGGAUAUUAGAUAUAAAUUAUAUAAUAGUAGUAUAUAUUCUUCUAUCUAUAUAUAUUUAAUUGAUGUUUCAGUCUCACAUUUAUUUACCCCCAAUAUGGGAGUGGCAUAUAUUCAAAACAUUUUAUCUCUCUUUUUGUUUUACAAUUACAUUAAUUUAUACAUAACCAAAAUGUUGUUUUAUAAGAGUGGAGCUGGGCUUAUAACAAUAUUAUUGGUUAAAACAAUUCCAUAUGCCAAAGAAUUUGAUGAAAACCUUAUGGUAUGCUUCCUAUAUUCAGUAUUGCAUAGCAUAUUUUACAUACUGAGUAACAUAUUUAUUUACCAUAUGGAUAAGGAGAAAAAACUUCAUAAAGGUUCCGAAUCAGAGUUGCAUUCAAAAAUAUUAGCAUCAAUGUCUAAUGAAAUUGAUUUUUAUAAAAUUCUUUAUAAAAGUGUGUGCAGCUAUUCUCACCAAAACAAAUUUUACGAAGAUGAAAUCAAUCGGAUGAUAAAAAAUAUCGAAACGGAUGAAAUUGCAAAAAUCAUAAUGGCACAUAUCCAAAAAUAA